AUGGAUUGGCUUGUGCACUUACCCAAUUGGCCUCUACAGCCAGCCAUUUGGCCUCUUUAUCUUACCAUCGUGCUGGUAUUGUACACCACACUGCGGUACACUGUGACCCGUUGCAAGGCGCCAACCAUCAAGUUCAACCAUUAUCUGCCCAACUUCUUCAAUCGCCUGCUGUACUUCAUUGAUGCUCCGGGUAUGAUUCAGUAUGGCUAUGAGAAGUUCGCUGGCAUGCCGUUUCAAAUCCUGAAGCCCGAUGGUAACCUGAUCAUCCUGCCACCUCGUUAUAUGGAAGAGUUCAAGAACUUGCCGUCCAGCAGAAUCAGCCUUCUUCAUGCUCAGCACAAGAAUGUCCUUGGCGAGUAUGUCAACAUUCUCCUAGACAGUGAGCUGCCUGCAUACACUGUUACAAAGAAGCUGACUCCUGCUCUGAAUCGGAUUGUUCCACGGACCAUUAAUGAGCUGCAGUACGCCUUCCCAACUGUGAUUCCUGAAUGCAAAGAUCGCUGGGUUUCUGUCAGCCUGUAUGAAAUGAUCCUGAGCAUUAUGAGCCGUACCACAUCCCGCAUCAUCGUGGGUGACACCCUAUGCCGAGACGAGAGGUGGCUGAACCUGGUCAUCCGCUACACCAACAACAUCGGGGUUACCAUCUUCUUGCUGCGUCCCUUCCCCAAGUUCUUGCGUCCUCUGAUGGCGAAGUUCCUUCCUAGCGUCUGGAAGCUGCCGAAACAGCUGGCCUAUGCUUGCGAUGAGUUCUUUCUACCGAUGAUCAACGAGCGUCGUCACAAAGAACGCACCGACCCAAACUACAAGAAGCCUGAUGACUUCAUGCAGUGGAUGAUGGACUCGGCUGACAACGAGUAUGACAAGAAACCGGAGACGCUGACGCAUGGGCUGAUGACCAUUGUCGCUCUGGCUGCGGUUCAUACCAGCACCAUGCUCACCACUCACGCCAUUUACGACCUCAUUCUCAGGCCGGAGCUCCUCGAACCGCUGCGUGAAGAGAUUCAAGAGACCCUCAAGGAUGGCUGGGAGAAUGCCACUCAAGCUUCAUUCUUAGCUCAGCGUCGACUAGAUAGUUUCUUGCGUGAGUCUCAUCGCUUGAACCCUACUUCUGAAGUGACUGCCCAGCGCAUCGUGAGGGGUGAGAAGCUGGUUCUUUCUGAUAGUUUCGUCCUGCCCAAGGGCUCUCACAUCUGCUUCCCAUCCGGUCCCAUGUCACGCGAUGAGGAUAUCAUCCCCGACGCAAUGAUCUUCGAUGCGUUCCGCUGGUGCAGAGAUCCAAAUAGCAGGAACUACCUGGUCACCAUCGAUCGUACCAACAUGCACUUCGGAUAUGGUCGUCAGGCUUGUCCCGGACGUUUCUACGCAGUGAGCACCAUCAAGGCCAUCCUCAGCAGGUUCAUCAUGGAAUAUGACUUUAAAUUUGAAAAGGACCUGAAGAAGAGGCCCAAGAAUAUCCUCAACGGCGACCACAUCAUGCCCAACAUGAUGACGAAGGUCCACAUCAAGGAAAGGGGUGUAAAGAUCUGA